CUCCACCUCCGCCCCCCCCGCCCGGCUACUGCAAUAUUACCCGUGUGGUCUGUCAGGGAAGGUGCAGCACUCUGGCUGCUGCAGCUUCACCGUUAGGUGUGACACCUAACAAUGAUCAGACCUCGCCCUUCACCACGAUAAGCGCGUAACGGUGCCCUCUGCUUCUAGUGGCGCCCUGUGCUUCUAACGGCGGGUAAUGGGACCAUAGAUUGAAUGAGAAGCGGGUCUACGCAAACAACAGAUUUUCUGGAAUUCAAUGUCUUAUCUUUUGUGUCGAAGCAGCCUUCGCAGGUCCGCUCAAAAACAGACCCGAACAUGGUUCCUGUGUUUUGACCUUUGUAACCCGUCGUCAACCAGGCGCCCCGCAUCCAAAACCUUGAACGUCUCAAACGUCUCAGUGGCUCCGUUCUCAUUUUCAUAAUGAUUCGAAAAUAGGCUUUCAUGAAUAAAAGCCUAGUAAAAAGGGAAAAAGAAAAAGGUGUUGGGUUGGUGUGUUAAUCCUAGUUAUUUUAAGGGGCUGGUGUUGUUUUCGUCAGUGAGGGAAAACGCUCCCAUCCCCCCCCUGCACACCCAGCCCUCCCCAUGUCCUCUCGCCGUACGCUCUCACACUCCGGAGAAGCGCGUCACAUAGCUCAGGGGCUGUGAGGCUCAUUAAGAAGAAGGAUGUGAUAUUCUGAAUAGAGACUGAGACUCCCGGCACGUCUAUUUAUAGACCAGAUAUCUCUAUGCCGGUCGCCGUGGUGUUGGUUAAUUGCAGCAGCGGCCCAAGACGCCAAUUAAGAAUGAAACAAAUGCUUUUGAGGUGGGGUUUGCUCCUCCCUUCUGUUCAAGUCUUUCUCUCCAUCCCUUUCGGAAGGAGAGGGGAAGUGUUCCAUGUUUAUUCCCGUAGUCGGUUGGGACACAGGAAGGACAGCAUGCCCAGUGCAGUCCAAGCCUCUCUCGGGCUAUUUUUAAAUGCCCCUCUCAGGCAGCAGAGAACUAGGUUUCUUUUCAUCAUAAUUGCUGUCUCUUGUUCGUGUUCUGCUGGGAUGCUUACCAAUACAGUGAUAAACAGGGAAUCUCAGUGUGGCUUCAGUUCCACCAGGUUAGAAGAGUGAUGACCAUCCUGUUCCUUACUAUGGUCAUUUCAUACUUCAGUUGCUUAAGAGCUGCGCCCCUGAGAGAUGCCCCAGGCAUGCGGGCCCACCGGACAGAAGGCUUCUUGGGCACUGCGGCGACCGAGGCCCGGGGCCACGGGACUCCGCAGAGCGGGGCCGGGCCGGGCCAGCGCGGGGCCCUCCACUCGCUCACAGACACGUUCGAGCAGGUGCUAGAGGAGCUUCUGGAGGUGGAAGAGGAGGCGGCCCAGUUGGGACAGGGGGCCGAGAAGGGCCCGGCGGGAGGGGGCGUCCUGGAAUCCCUGGUCGCCACGGAGACAAAGGAUGUCGAUCUGUACGAGUCACGGGUCAUGAUCAGCAACCAAGUGCCUUUGGAGCCGCCUUUGCUCUUUCUUCUGGAGGAAUACAAAAAUUACCUGGACGCGGCUAACAUGUCCAUGAGGGUGCGGCGACACUCGGAUCCCUCAAGACGCGGCGAGCUCAGCGUGUGUGACAGUAUUAGCCAAUGGGUGACAGCUGUGGAUAAAAAGACGGCAAUAGACAUGUCUGGGCAGACAGUUACCGUCAUGGAAAAGGUCCCUGUCCCCAACGGCCAGCUGAAGCAAUACUUUUACGAGACCAAAUGCAACCCCAUGGGUUACACAAAGGACGGCUGCAGAGGAAUAGACAAGCGGCACUAUAACUCCCAGUGCAGGACAACCCAGUCCUACGUGCGAGCGCUUACCAUGGAUAGCAAAAAGAAGAUUGGCUGGCGGUUUAUAAGGAUAGACACUUCAUGUGUAUGUACAUUGACCAUUAAAAGAGGGAGAUAGUGUAUAACAUGUAUAGAUUUUAUUGAAGAGUUUGAAAAAUGAAAGAGAAAAAAUAUCUAUUUGUAUAUAUACAUAACAGGGUAAAUUAUUCCGUCAAAUGAAAAUUUUAUGGACUGCAUGUAAAAAAAGAUGACGUUUAUACAGUAAAAGUGAUACUACAGUCUAUUUAUUGAACAUAUUCAUGACCUUGUAAACAAUUAAAAAAAAAUCUGAUCAGUCA